UUUUAACUUGGCGCUCUCGAAGUCGCAAUGCAGUUCACAAUUUCAUUCGUUCAGAGCUGUGCUCUAUCACUUUCUCUUUCGUUCGUUAUUCUUGCCCAAGAUUGCACCAUGACUGUGCCAGCGAAUCCUCUCUCAGCUACUGGAUUGGCCACUCCUUAUACCGUGACUGGCUGCGACCAGCGCCAAUUCGCUGACCAAGGCAGUUUUGUGGAAGCUUCAAUAUAUGAUCCAGCAACAAGUCAGAUCACUAUUUACCAUCCGCUUGUUGUCAAUCAGGGCGAUGUCGUCGGCAAAGAUUUUAUCAAACCUGUGGCGGCUACCGUCCCGCAAGAUGCAACAGUUGCGAUUUAUUUUGGGAGCAAUGCAAAUACUUUGACUCUAACGGGGCCCGGGGCCUCUUCUUGUGUAAACGGACUACCUGGUUCAAUCUUUGGUCAAUUUGCUCACUGCAAUGGUGAUGUCUUCAUGAACGUCACACAAGCUGCCAUUACAGCCGGAUCUCUCCGCGUUCCCACUCUUGGUAUUGGAAAAGACGGUCAACAAUGUCCAACCACGCGUGACUUUCGCAUAGUUGAUAUGGAUCAAUCUGACAAUGUUGAUACACAAUACUUGCUAAUUAACAAUCACACUUUGGCACAGGCUACAACCACCAACAAGAACGACAACCCCGAUGCAGAGGUCUUGACUAACGCGUCCGAUAAUGCUCUCGUCAACGAUUUCAUCGACCCUGUCCUUGGAUGCACUCCUUGGAUGGUGACUUCGCCAACAGCGAUCGGUGGCAAGUCUCCUGCUCUUUCACUCAAUGAACUCCAGGGAUUCAAGUAUCCACCAUCUAGUGGGCCAGCUUUUGUGCCACUAAAUGAUGAUAUGUGUGUCAUUACCGAUGCCAACGGAAAUAUACAGCAGUCUCUCCAGAAAACCAAUCUAUAUCGCGCAGGAGUGGGCCAACCACAAGCCGCGGUCAUAGCUGAUGCAUCCGGAACUACCUAUUGCCAAAAGUUCACUCAAUCUGGUCUCUUCAUUGCUCAGAAUCAAGCUCUCUUCAAAGGAAAGACAUCACCAGCACCAGCCACGGCGGUUGAUCUCUACACAUUUCUCGCUCAGCGUUUCGCACAGUCCUUCGGGCCUGCGCCGGCUCUUGGCUGCACCACCAUAUUUGGGCUUGCUAACAACCCUGUAACUCUGAAGAUGGAUGGAAACGGCGUGGUCACAGCGGCAACCAUAAACACGCAAAUCCUCCAAAGCAUACUCAGUGGAGCAACUAAUCCUGGAGGAGCUUCUUCUGGGAAAACGACGGCGACAACGAGUGUAACUGCGACGUCUGGUACUGGAACAAUCAAAACAAGAACCGGAACACGAACUGAAACAGCAACAACUACUCCUAGUAUUUCACUUAAGAAGUCAGUCAGCAAGACUACACGUGCUAGGAAGCCGACAAAUGGCGGCAAAGCUACCAGCAACAGUAUUGCUACUGUACUACCCUCAACGCUGCAAACUAGCUUUGUUUGUUCACCCACGUUGAAACCCUCCGCCGCAGCGACGCUCCCAAGUCUAAAUAUUACUACUGCUUCCAGUGCCGCGGCACAGACCUCAUCUUCCAUAAGUGCAAGGCCUCGGCCUUCUGGUUGGAAAUGUUUUGGUCAAAAAGGAUACAGGCACAAUGGGCAUUUUUUCUAUGGGGCUUGGGCCUAG